UAUAUAUAGAUAUAGUGAGUGUGUGAGGUCGAUAGAUUCAAUUUGCAGGAAGGGAGAUGGAUGCAGCGGGAUUGGCGGUUUCAGCUUCGAUCAACAUAGGGUUAGCUCUAAUCCUACUCACGCUCUUCUCAAUUCUGAGAAAUUUGCCUUCUUACUUUCACAUAUACCACGCUCGCCGCAUCUCUCAGCACUACCACCUCUCCGCACCCCGCCUCAUGCUGCUGCCCUCGCUCUCCUGGAUCCGCAACUCCCUCGCCCUCACCGAGGACGAAAUUCUCGACGCCUCUGGUCUGGACGUCUUGAUCUUCGUUCGACUAUUCAAGUUCGGGAUCAAUUUCUUUUUGGUUUGCUCUGUAGUUGGAUUACUGCUGCUGCUUCCCCUUAAUUAUUUCAUGGGCAUUGGCGGUUCGUCGUCAAGAAGCUCUCAUUCCAUGGACGCAUUCACAAUAUCAAACAUUAAGAGUGGAUCUAACUGGUUGUGGGUGCACUGUUUAUGCUUGUAUUUGGUCUCCUUUUAUGGAUUAUUCCUGCUAUAUAAGCAAUAUGAUGAUAUUUUGCGAAAAAGGAUUCGCCAGCUGCAGAGCUUGAGGCAUCAGCCGAAUCAGUUCACCGUAUUAGUUAGAGAAGUUCCACUGUGUGAUGAGCAUAAUGCGCAUGAUUGUGCCGUAGCUCACUUCUUUUCAAAAUAUCAUCCUCAUUCGUAUCAGUCUUAUCAAAUCCUCUACGAUGGAAAGGAACUGGAAAACUUGUUGAGCCAGUCCAAGUCUGUAUCACAAAAGAUUGAAAACUUGAGGCGUCAUGCCCGAGUCAGAAACCGUGAUGGAAAUAUUUCUCUGUCUGAAUCACAGAAAAAUGAGGAGAGGAUCGAGAAACUGAAGGAACAGCUUCAAGAACUUAGCUGUAGAAUACGGAAAACACAAAGUAAAGAACUACUUAAGGCCAAGGAGUUGCCGGUCGCUUUUGUGACGUUCAAAUCACGGUGGGGUGCUGCUUUAGCAGCUCAAACUCAGCAAAUUUCGAAUCCUCUCGCCUGGAUAACAGAAUUCGCUCCAGAACCAAGAGACGUGCUUUGGAGUAAUUUGGCGAUCCCAUAUAAGUACUUGCCACUUUACAAGUUAGGCGUUUACAUUGCAGCUUCCCUACUCACAAUCUUCUUCGCCGUACCCGUAACAGCAGUUCAAGGAAUUGCGAAAUUCGAUCGAUUAAAGAAAUGGUUUCCUCCUGCUGUGGCUGUGCAGAUGAUACCUGGGCUUCGGUCUGUUGUGACAGGAUAUCUGCCAAGCGCCAUUCUCAAUGGAUUUAUAUACAUCGUUCCAUUUGCCAUGAUACAAAUGGCAAAGUUAGCCGGAUACCCCUCGAGGAGUAGAAAGGAUAUAAAAGCAUGCAAUAUGGUCUACUAUUUCCUCGUCGGGAAUGUUUUCUUCUUAAGCUUGUUGUCAGGAUCAUUACUCGAUCAGAUUGGAGAAUCCUUCAGUCAUCCCAAGAAGUUUCCGGCACAUCUUGCCAGCGCUGCUUCUGCACAGGCAGAUUUUUUCAUGACAUACAUCUUGACAAAUGGACUGUCUGGAUUUUCACUAGAGCUUCUUCAGCCGGGGUUGCUCGUAUGGGAUGCAAUUAAGUCGCACGCAUGGGAUCGUGGAGAUAGGAAACGGCCCUAUCUUUAUUCGUUGCCAUACUACCGAAUAAUUCCUUAUGUUGCACUCUGCAUUUUGAUAGGAAUGGUAUAUGCAGUUGUUUCGCCGUUGCUGCUUCCAUUUCUUGUCGCCUAUUUCUGUUUAGGAUACGUGGUGAUGAUAAACCAGAUUCAAGAUGUGUACACUACAACGUACGAAACGUGUGGUCAAUACUGGCCUUACAUUCAUCACUACAUCCUCGGAUCGAUUGUCAUCAUGCAAAUAACAAUGAUGGGCCUGUUUGGCUUGAAGUUGAAGCCUUCUGCUGCUAUCUGCACCGCACCUCUCCUGGUUUUCACAUUGCUCUUCAAUGAGUACUGCAAGAUUCGGUUCCUUCCCACGUUUAACCAGUGUUCGGUCAAGGACGCACGAGAUAGGGAUGACUACGAUGAAAAGGCAGACGUUUUGGAAGCCAACCUACAAAAUGCUAUCGAUGCAUACUCCCCUCCGUGUUUAUGUCCCCUGGAUUUGGGAGACGAUGAGGAGUCCAGUUCCAGUUCGGUAGAACCAUUACUAUCAUCUUCUUCGACAACAUAGCAGCUCUACUAGGUCAGUCUUACAUUACAUUACUACUCAAUUCUCUUCUUGUCUUUUACUUGUUUUCAUGCAUUGCAUUGCAUGGGCCACUCUUUCUUUAAAUUAAACAACAAUCUGUCUUUAUAGAGAGUUAGUAGUUGCCUGAGAAAUCAAACAUACCAUAUCUAUCUAUCUAUAUAUCUUUCUGUCUUUCUUUGAUCACACAAAGACACAUACACACACAUGUGAAACCAAAUUCAAAUCCCACACAAAACAAAGGUCAAUCAAAUAAUGAAUAAUCUCACUAAUUACAGAG